UGCAAAUGGCGAAAGGAAGGCUUUCUGUUUCUCAUCUCCCCGGGCGUCACGGAGAAGUGCCCCUCUCUCAAAGGUGGUCGGUUCCGUUCCAAUUCCUACCUCAGUACCUAGAAGUGCUCCAUCCCCGAUUGAGCGUUGCCGCAUGCGUUACGUGACCGGCCAUGACCUCUGCCAAUCAGAAGGUGCACGGGGCCGCAAAGCGCUUACCGCCUAGCCGCGAAGGGAAGCUUUCCGCCCAGGUUCGCUCUCCGAAUGACGGGGUCCCUGAAGCUGAAGCUCAGGUUCCCGUGUCUCCGUCCCAGUCAGCUGGGCCCGACAGGCUUUCCACCCCGGAGAAUCCCUUUGCUGCAAACCCUCAGAGUCCCUCCGCUGCAGGUCGUCCCCAUAACCUCAGGCAAGGUGCUGCCCGUGGUACCCGAAGCUCUGCCCGGAAGGACCUUCUAUCCGCCUUCGAAUGGGAAGCGCUGGACAUCCAGAACACUAGGAGCUCCGCAGCCGUUGCAAUCCCGGCUAAAACCAGUAACCGUCGACCAAGGAAGGCGGAGGCGGCUGCUGCUGCGACUGCUGUCACUGCUACUGCAGACCCGACUUCACCUCCAAAGAAAAUGUCCCGGAAUCGGCCCAGGGGUCCUCCAGUCCCCAGGGAUAACGGACUGGCCGCCAAUGAGGAGACUGAUAUGUGGAACAAGAUCCUCCAGGACUUGCGCAAGGCAAAGGAGAAGAAUGAAAAGCAGAAAGUACUCGCCGAGCAAAUCGCUGCUCUGAAUGAGAAGAUCGGAAGAGAGGGUGGAAGACCUUCUCUCAGCGAGCAUAACCAGCUGGAUAGUCUGUAUCGACAAAUGCUGAAACUCUGCGAGGACGAGAGAGCUAUUCUACAGGAUGAGCCUAGCGAUGUGAUCAAGAACCUGGGUCUUCUGACCGCGCUUCGACAAGCCUCGGAAGCGGAGGCCCCGCAAAAUCGCGCCACCUCUUUUUCCAAAUCGCGGAAGAAGAGAAAUGAUCUGGAUGGCUCAGCUACGGACUCGCCUGGACCCUCCGGUAAUGCUUUGCCAGACAAGGUCGGUCGCACUAAAGGAGGUGUUCAACGUAGUACGAGCGUUUCCAGCACUCAGGUCCGUGAUGGCCGUGACAUCCGCGACAGUGGUGUGUAUGUUAAGAUAGAAGAAGGAGCAGAAAGUACCAAGGGCGCCAUCGCCGAACGCAGCGGACACCUGGUGGUGGGGGCGGAAGUAGUUUUCAAACACAACAAAAACAAACAAGGGGUCGAAGGGGAGGGUAUCCAGUGCAUUAUCAAGGGAAUAUCUGGGGACGGAGUGAAAAAACGGUAUGAUGUUCAGGACCCCGAACCAAACGAGAAUGGUGAACAGGGAGCUGUGUACAAAACCACGGCUGCAUCGCUGAUCCCUAUCCCUCAGAUGGGAUCAAUUUUGCCGUCGUUUGCGCUGGGGAAGCAGGUGUUGGCGAGGUAUCCAGAUACGACCACAUUCUACCGCGCGGAGGUUAUGGGUUCUAGGAAGGACGUCUACCGCCUUAAGUUUGAGGGCGAAGAAGAUGACAAGGAGAUGGAAGUAGAUCGACGCUUCGUACUUGAUAUACCUGGAAAGUGAAGCGAGUCUUGAGUGUCGACGUUACACCACGAGAGAUCUACAGAGUGCGGUUGCUCGAGGGAAAACAGCGCAGAUGAAAGCGGGGGAAUUACCAAGGGGAAAGGCAAGCAAGACAGGAGCAAGGCAGCAAAAAGAAAGAAAGAAAAAGAAAAGAGACCGUGAUGUCUUGAUUUGCGCCACGACCAGUGCACUAUUGAUACCCAUUGAUUGAGCUGGAUGUUUUCGAUUUGGGAGGGGGGAUAGGUGAAUAUGGAGUUUGGAUUGCUUUUGAUUGGUAUUAUUAAGAGCCGCGGACUGCUGGUUACCUUGGUGUUCUUAGAGCAACGAUAUCGGAAGUCGGUACGGAGUACUACUACUGUUUACUUGGCCGCUGUAACCUCGUAGCAGACUAAAGGAUCUAACUAGGUAGA